AUGCUUCCGUCCGUCGGUUCAGACGUCCGUCCGUCUAUCCGUCAUUAGGCACCUGUGCGUCAAAGUCGUGAUGAAACUUUUGUUAACUUUCGGACUUUCGGACGCAUGGAUAAUUGGGAAAACUGUGAGAAUUGUGGCAUCUUGAACGAUUUAAAACUUUUGCUAAUUGCUUGCACAACAAGUCAAUUAGAUUAGCGUCGGCAAUGUCUACCUUAAAGCCACCCCACAAAAAGCUGAAGAGUCCUCGGUCUUUGGUUUAUCUUAAUCCUAUAUAAGUGGCAUAUUGCAUAUUCAGGAAAGUAAUUGACCACAACAAGUUGUUAGCCAUGGCCAUAUUGUUUCGUUUCUUGCAACGCCAACAACCUUUGGAUGUCUAUUUUUUUGCUGUGCCCCAUCUCUGUUUGAACAUGAUGGGUUUUUGGCCCCAAAAUGAGAGGCAAUCCAUUGGUGUCCGUUGUCGGGCUUUAGUGCAUUUCAUUGUCUUAGCCAUUGGUGUUUUGACCGAACUACAUGCCGGCUAUGCUUAUUUGGAAAAACGAGAGAUUGUCCUCGCCUUGGAGACUUUCUGUCCGGGCAGCACAUCGGCUGUUACCCUGCUGAAGAUGAUUACCAUGUGGUGCUAUCGUCAUGACUUGGCUUUGAUGCUUAAUCGAGUGAAGCAGAUGCUUUGCACGGACGAUGAUCAUCCAUCGAUGGAUACGGGAUGUGCCGUCGAGAAGAAGGCUAUUAUACACGCCCACGCAAUGAUGUCGUCCCGCAUCAAUUUCUGGACUCUAUCGAUGGCUUUCUUCACUUGCACCGUUUAUGAUCUGAAGCCUGUCAUUUUGGUUCUUGUAUUGUAUGUGCAAAAACGCUACGAUGAAAUUCAUUGGUCCACACCCUUUAAUAUGACAAUGCCUCAAUGUUUGCUGCAAGCUCCAUGGUUUCCUUUAACCUAUAUAUUUACCGCCUAUACGGGUUAUGUGACCAUCUUUAUGUUUGGAGGUUCUGAUGGCUUCUAUUUUGAGUUCUGUACCCAUAUAUCUAGCUUGUUUAAAGCCCUUCAGGCGGAAAUACUUUCCAUAUUUCGUCCCUUCAAUGACAGCAUUUGUUUGAGUCAAAUGGAAUCUUUGGAAUUGGAAAAGCAUUUGAAACUGAUCAUCAUUAAGCAUAAUGCCAUCAUUGAGCUAACUAAAUUCUUUCGCAAACGUUAUGCCAUCAUAACAUUGGCACACUUUGUCUCGGCCGGCUUGGUGAUAGCCUUUAGUAUCUUUAAUCUCCUAAUAAUGAGCAGCAAUGGUCUGGAUGCCAUUCUCUAUGUGGCCUAUACCAUGGCGGCUUUAAGUCAAUUGCUUGUCUAUUGCUAUGGUGGCACUUUGGUGGCCCAAAGCAGCACUGAACUGGCUACUGUGAUUAGUUUGAGUUCUUGGCAAUUGUGUAAACCUCGACAACGGCAAUAUAUCAUAAUGAUCAUCUUACGCUCUCAGAGAACUGUAUCCAUGGCAGUGCCCUUCUUUUCGCCAUCUCUACCCACAUUUGCUUCAAUACUUCAAACAUCUGGCUCUUUCAUAGCAUUGGCCAAGUCGUUUCAAUAGAGUGGAGCGUUGUAUUGUAUUAAUUUCGUAUUGAUGAAGUGAAAUAAAUAAAGUUGCAUAGUUGUUACUUUGAUAGAAA